CCGGCGUGUGUAGUAUGAAUGAACCCUAAUAUCAAUUGGUUUGGUUCGACUGUAUUGAUCGAUUGUUAAUGGCACGAACAGCGAGCAUAUCUUCUCCUUUACUCGAACUGAUGGAUUCUGCCGAGGGAGAAAAUUAUUACACAGAUCUUGAGCUUGCUGCUGCCAUUGGGAAAAAUUUGUUGGAAAGAAAUAAAGAACUUGAACUUUUGUUAUGCUCAACUCAGGACUAUGCAGAUGAACAAGUUCAAAAAAGUCAGUUCUUAACUCGUCAACUUGAUGAUGCAAGAGAAGUCAACGAAAGUCGUGUCAAACUGAUGGAACAGAUUGAGAAGAACCACGAACAGUUGUCGCGAAGCCAUGCCAAGCUUAAACGCGAGACGAAAUCCAUUCAAGAACACAAUGAAGUUUUGACAGAAAGCUUACAAUCUUUAGUUGAAAAAUGCGACCUAUACAAAUCAGAAAUGGAAGUUUUGAAACGCGAAAACAGCCAAUUACAACGCAAGUUAUCUUCGGCAUCGCUCCCUGAAACGGCCCCUGAAAGUGACCCGAAGCCUUGUGAAAAAGUUGAAAACAACAUACAAGAUUUGUCCGUUGUUAUCAAAGAGUUAAAAUUCGAGCAAGAUUUAGAGAAAUCCAUGAGAGAGGAAUUGGAAAACGAGCUUUCGCAAUUGAUAUUUGAAAACCAAAAUUUGGAACACAAACUGCGCUUGUUUGCAAAAAGUAAUCGAAACUCUUUUGUAGAGGAACAGAAAAUGGAGCAUGUGGAGGAAAGCAAUGGCGUCGAAGAGGAUGUUCCCGACGGAGUGGAAGAAGACGGGGAUUGUUCAAAUGAAAGUUUUGUUUUGGUAGAAGAGCAAAGGAUUGAAGAACUCGACAGCGAGCCAAGCUUAGAACAAUGCGAUAUCUCGUUUCUGGAUGAAUUGAAACAAUACCGAGAUUUGGUGGGAAAAUAUAAUUCUUUGGUCGAGAAGUGCAAGACCGAAGGUAUACCAUACGAAUCUCGUGAGAUGUGCACCGUGCAACGAGGGGUGCAGACCUCUCAUGAAGAGGCUGCGCUGUGUGAUAAGGAGGCGGUGGGGUGCGGGGUUGGGGCUGUACCCCAGUACAAGCAAAUGUUUGCAAGGUUGUAUGAGAAAAUUCGGGAGGGAAGGGACGACAGUUGAGGGAUUGUGGUUGAUGGAAAGGGUCGAGUGGUUGAUGCGUGUGGGUAAAUAUGACCGGGGUAAUGGUGGAUGUAAGGGGAUGGGUGUGUAUAAUUGUGGAGUGGUGAUGUUGGGAAUGGUGAAGGGUUGAUGCAAGGGGAGUUAUAGUGAUAGCAGGGGAAAGAGGAGAGAAGUAAGGAGGGUCACCAUGAUGUUGUGAGUAUUUCGAGUGAACAGACGAUAAGGAACAUGGACAAAGAAAAAACAAACUUUACAAACAAAUUGCAACAAUUUACUUAGUCGGAAUGUGAGAGAGAGAUUGAAAUUAUAUUAAUAAGGAUAAUAGAAUAGCAUAUAUAAACA